GAUCUUUCUAGAAUUGAGUGAGUCAUUCAACCAAACUAUGUUUUCAUCGUAAAAAUCGCCUCCUGGAGCUUCCAGUUGAGCCAAUCCUGUCACGAAACACCUCGUCUAUGAAAAAGUCAUGACUCGCAUAUAUUAAUUCCCAUAGCAACAGAAAUAAUAUUGAUCAAUUUGAAAGCGGCGUCCCAAGAGAAUAAAGAGUAUUUAUUCAUAACCAAACGGAUCGAGAUCCAUUCAAUUUUUUGAGCCCAAAUAGCAAAGAGCUGGAAUUUCCUUUACAAAAAAAUAUUAAUUCUUUGAGGCUCAAUUUGGCCAAACGAUGGUUCCUAUUGCAGAAACGACAAUAUUCGACGAGGAUUUGGAAAAAUUUGUUCUCGGAUCGGCGUCAGACUUUAGUGACAGCGACGAAGAAGAUAGUGAAGAUGACUCGUGUGCUUUGAAUGUGAGCUGUCAUAGUAGUCAUUUCAAAGGAAUGGUAAAAGACAACGAUUGUGGUUCACUCACUGUCAAGAAACGAAAACUACAAACACAUUUAGAUCACUUGGAUAUUGAACUUUCUACUCUCUGCUGCUCUUACGAAGCAGAUGAUUGCCACGAGAGGAGCAAAACAAAGAAUAACGUAGCAGUUGAGUGUGAUGUUGCACCAGUUUCUGCAGAAUCUAGCCUAACUACGAAAAGUACUAUUUCAGGUCUAACGAAUCAAAGGAAAAGAUCUCACCAAACAAGCUAGAAGAGAAGAAAGACGUGACGUGACCUGAAAAGGGGGAAAUAUAAUUUCAAGAUUCAAAAUAAUUCAAAACUACGAGCCGUUCCGCUGGACGAACUUCAUUACCUGAGUACUGACUAGUCUUUCGACAGACAUAGAACUCUCAGCAAACUGAAAAUUUUGCACUACUAUUUGGAAAAAUAUAUCUAAAAAUUAAAUAUAUAUUUAAAUACAAUAUACAUAAAGAAUGCAAAACUUUAACAUUCUUUUUCAAAUUUAUUGAGAAUGUUAUGUGAUUUUUUUCAUAAUUGUCAAAAUUAAAACGAAAGAAYAUUAUAAAGAUAAACUGUAAAUAAUAUCAAAAAAAUCAAUCUUAAUUUGUAUAUUAAAGUCGAUAACUGUAAGGUCAAUAAAUAUUUGACUCUCGUU